AUGUCUCCUCGUGCAGAAGCGCUCUCUACACGUCCCCCGCACCGCACUUACGUGGCUCUGACAGCCCACCAUGCGACAAGUGUCCUUCCGAGUCUGCGCGACGCAAUGGCGUACUACGACUCGAUGGGAACACGGAAUCCACACCGGUUGGGGGCGAGGUCAUGGAGGGACUCGGAUGAGCGCACUUCGCGCCGCCCUUCGACCUGGCGCUUGAACGUCGUGGCUUCAACUAGUGAGCGCACCCAUCUGGAGCGCAACGGGGCAUCUACAUGGAGUGCCCUAGGGUGGAGCAUUAGACGGCACCCCCAACGUUCCCCACCUGCGCACACAGUGACCGUCUCCCGGUCCCUCUACCUCGGGUGCGACAACCGGACGGCGAAGGGCGCGAAGAUUGAGGGCGGGAAGAGUGGAUGGCAGAAGGCGCGACAAGGGGAUGAUGGAGAGCGCGAUCAGGGGAUGACCGAGGGCGCGAUCAAGGGAUGGGAAGGCACUCCGCAUACAGACUCGCGCUCUGCGACGUUCGCGCCGACCGUCACCCGCCUGCAUGACAACACUGUGCCCCGAAGCAAUUUCGACACGAACAAGACCGUUAUGUCCUGUCCGCGCAGCCGGAUAGACGUCCGAAACACAGACCUGACUGCCUGUGCAUACACAGCCUAUCACUACUACGUCAAUCUCAUCUCCCUCCGCCCUGCCUCCCUCCACCCGUGGGCCGCCCCUCUACGCAGCGGUACGCAUUCUCAAACAGCGUGCCAGGCCCUACGUGCGCCACGCAUCGCUCGUCGGCCACUCGCCCACGCCCAUGUCGACCAGACAUCCACGGGCCACCCUGCGGCCCUUGGACGUCCACCACGCACCUCGGAUGACACCGGCUCUGCAUGA